GUACAUACAUACGGUUUAUAUAUUCCUUGAAGAACUAAAAAAGAGUAGAGAGCGGGAACGCGUGUAUCCUCAGCUUCCUACUCUUCCCUUUUUUACCUCUUAAGCUUCCUUCUUGUCCUAUAUAUACACACACACACUCUCUGUAACUAUACUCGCAUCACAUCCGUCUACUAGAUCUGAGAGCUUCUGCUUGUGCCGACGUUUAUUUCGACUUCAGCUUGCGAAAUGACUCCACCGGUUGAAACUAAGACUAUGACUACUGAAUCGCUCAAAACCUCACAUCCGCCUCUCAACGAAAGGAUUCUUUCGUCUAUGACUAGGCGAUCGGUUGCUGCACAUCCUUGGCAUGAUCUUGAGAUAGGACCUGGAACUCCAGUCAUUUUCAAUGCUGUGAUUGAAAUUAGCAAGGGAAGUAAGGUGAAGUAUGAGCUUGACAAAAAAACUGGACUUAUCAAGGUGGAUCGUGUUCUAUACUCAUCAGUAGUGUACCCUCAUAACUAUGGUUUUGUUCCCCGAACUCUGUGUGAGGACAAUGAUCCGAUUGAUGUAUUAGUUAUUAUGCAGGAACCAAUUCUGCCAGGUUGCUUUCUAAGAGCUAAAGCAAUCGGCCUUAUGCCCAUGAUUGAUCAGGGAGAAAAAGAUGAUAAGAUAAUUGCUGUCUGUGCUGAUGAUCCUGAGUAUCGUGACUAUAAUGACAUUAAGGAUCUUCCUCCACAUCGUUUGGCUGAGAUUCGUCGGUUCUUUGAAGACUACAAGAAAAAUGAGAACAAAGAAGUUGCAGUUGAUGAUUUCCUCCCAGCCACAAAAGCCUAUGAAGCAGUCCAGCAUUCCAUGAAUCUCUAUGCUGAUUAUAUUGUGGAGGGCUUGAGGCGUUAGCUUCUUGCACAAAGUGAAAGCUUAAUGGGGGAAAGAUGCUGUUCAAGUCCUGGUCAUGCUUUCAGUACAAUUUGUGAAGCAUAACACAAAAUAGUUUCACAUGUCUGCUUAUUUUACUAUCUACUACUGUUUAAUAUGGUUUGGAUAAUGAUGAAAGUCCUCUCAACAUCUACUGUUAUGAACAACUAAUAGUAGUAAUGAAAUUAGUUAAGGGAAUUGACAUUUUCCAUUUAA